UUUAUUUUGCCAUCUGCUGUCGCGUUUCUGUGUCGUCAUUUCCUGUCAGAGGAAGGCAAAAAUCCAGUCAUGUCGUGGAUUCGAGAGAGGCAGCUCUCUUUUUUAGAAAGGCUCACUGCCAACAUCCUAAAGGCAGGGCCUAUGCCCAAACAUGUGGCCUUCAUCAUGGAUGGUAACAGGCGUUUCGCCCAAAAGGCACAUGUGGAGAGGCAGGAGGGCCACUCGCAGGGUUUUGAGAAGCUGGCAGAGACGCUCCGCUGGUGCUUAAACCUGGGCAUUCACGAGGUGACUGUAUAUGCAUUCAGCAUUGAGAACUUCAAGCGCUCCAAAGAGGAGGUGGAUGGUCUGAUGGAGCUGGCCAGACAGAAGUUCAGCCGCCUGCUGACAGAGCAGGAGAAUCUGGAGAAGCAUGGUGUGUGUAUUCGUGUGCUGGGAGAUCUGACUCUUCUGCCUGCAGAUCUGCAGCAGCUUAUUGCCAAAUCUGUAGUGGCAACUAAAGCACACAACAAGUAAGCGCUGCAUGAUGCUAUUUUAUUAGUUUGACCUUCUAUUGUAUAGAAAUUCAAAAUUAAUAGAAUUUUGCGCAAUAUUGCCUAGC